CCAUGAGUCCUGUUUUCAGCAUCGCUCUUCUCCUGCUCUCUGCAGCUGUUGUUGAAUCUUCGGUGGAACAAACAGAAGAGGAUGAUUUUACCUCCCAGUUAAAACUUCAUGUGAGAAAAAGAGCAACACAUCAUGAGGAGCAGAUUUUGCGGAAUGGAGCAUUUCCUGGUUCCUGCAGAGCCUGUACGUUUGUUGUGACCAAAGUAAAGAAGUGGCUGGGCAAAGACAGUUCAAAGGAAAAAAUUGACAGGCUGCUGAACAAGGCCUGCAAUGGAAUCAAAUGUAAACUCAUUCGCCAGGCCUGCAACAAGAUCAUUGGGCAUUUCAAAAGAAAACUGAUUGACUCCAUCGCCCACCAUGAGAAUCCCAAGGCCAUUUGUGUGAAAGCGAAACUCUGCAAAAAGUAAAAAGUGCCUGUGUACAGCUCAUAGACUAAAUGCUUCCAAUGUUCAAAGUGUU